CACGCUCCGGGAGAUUGGGAAAGAGAAAAACAGGGAAGUCAGAUCCGGAUCGAGCGUCUGUGGCUGAGUUGAUCAUGUUCUCGUGGGUGAAGCAGGAGCAGGGCGGCCGGAACCGGGACGGGGAGAUGUACCAGACGGUAACGGACGGACUGCAGAGUCUCUACAGCCGGAAGCUGCUCCCGCUCGAGGAAACGUACCUGUUCCACGACUUCCACAGUCCCGCCCUGGAGGCCGCCGACUUCCACAGCAAGCCCAUGGUCCUGCUGGUGGGCCAGUACUCCACCGGCAAGACCACCUUCAUCAGGUAUCUGUUGGAACAGGACUUUCCGGGGAUGCGGAUUGGCCCAGAGCCAACCACCGAUGGCUUUAUUGCAGUGAUGUACGGUGAGAACGAGGGCGUUGUCCCCGGCAAUGCCCUGGUGGUUGAUCCCAAGAAACCAUUCAGGAAGCUCAACGCAUUUGGCAACGCAUUCCUCAACAGGUUCAUCUGCUCUCAGAUGCCCAAUCAGGUUCUUCAGAGCAUCAGCGUCAUCGACACACCGGGAAUCCUGUCCGGAGAGAAACAGCGGAUCAGCAGAGGUUAUGACUUUGCAGAGGUCUUGCGGUGGUUUGGAGAACGGGUGGACCGGAUCAUCCUUCUGUUUGACGCUCACAAACUGGACAUCUCUGAUGAGUUCUCUGAGGCCAUCAGAGCCUUCAGAGGACAAGAUGAUAAAAUCCGUGUUGUGCUCAACAAAGCCGACCAGGUGGACACCCAGCAGCUGAUGCGGGUUUAUGGCGCCCUCAUGUGGUCUCUGGGUAAGGUGAUCAACACCCCAGAGGUAGUGAGGGUUUACCUGGGCUCCUUCUGGGCCAAACCCCUCCACAACACUGAGAACAGACGCCUAUUCGAGGCUGAGUCUCAGGAUCUCUUCAGGGACAUCCAGAGUCUGCCAAGGAACGCUGCCCUCCGAAAACUCAAUGACCUCAUCAAGAGAGCCAGACUGGCUAAGGUCCACGCCUACAUCAUCAGCUACCUGAAGAAGGAGAUGCCAUCACUGUUUGGGAAGGAGAAGAAGAAGGAGGAGCUGAUCAUGAGGCUGCCAGAGAUCUACACCAUCCUGCAGAGGGAGCACCACAUCAGCCCCGGAGAUUUCCCCAAUGUCACCAAGAUGCAGGAGCAGCUGCAGCACUAUGACUUCAGUAAAUUCCCGUCACUGAAGAUGAAGCAGAUUGAGUCCGUCGAUAAAAUGUUAGCCAGUAAGAUUGCGGUGCUGAUGGCCAUGAUCAGGGAGGAGGAGUCCAAAGAGCCUCCCGCCAUGGUUUCGGGCGGAGCCUUCGAGGGCUCUCAGGACGGGCCUUUUGGCCAAGGCUACGGUGAAGGCAUUAGCGCCGGAGCUGAUGCCGAGGACUGGAUCGUCAGCCGCGAUAAACACCGUUACGAUGAGAUCUUCUAUACGCUGAUGCCCAUUAACGGCAAAAUCACUGGCGCCAAUGCCAAGAAGGAAAUGGUGAACUCGCAACUGCCCAACACCGUGCUGGGAAAGAUCUGGAAGCUGGCCGACUGCGACAACGACGGCAUGCUAGAUGACGAGGAGUUCGCCCUCGCCCAACACCUCAUCAAGGUCAAACUGGAAGGUUACGAGCUGCCCACCGAGUUGCCGCCUCAUCUGGUGCCGCCGUCUCACCGCAAACACCCCACCGCAGAUGCCCUGUACAACCACAACGAGGACUAACCCCGCCGACGCCUUGGACGCAUGACCAGGAUGAAUCUACUGAAGGAACAGGAGGUCCAGAUGUUCAAAUCUUAAUUCCUGCUGCCCCAGAACAAAAGGUCAAAGGUUAAAGUUUUCAGAAGAACUUUGGUUGAAGAUGUUCUAAAAAUAUUUUAUGAUGUCAGAUGAUUAUUUUUUCCCCCAUAGCAUUUCACAUCCAGCAGCAGCUCUCUGUUUGUUUGUUUGUUUGUUUUUUUUUACUUGUCUUUGUUUUUGCUGUAAAUCAUAGGUGGUCAGUUGUGGACGUUCAGCUCUUGGAGGUUCUGGAAGGUUUUAGCUGUUAAAUAGUUUUCUUCAGUCUGCUGUUACAACACAUGGAAUCUUUGACAUGCUGAAGGCUUGUGCAAUUAAAAUGUAGAACGUUCAGACUAUGAAAUGGAAUUUAUUUUUUUAUAAGCAGGUUUAGGACAUCAGGCUCGACCCUGAAGGUUCCCAGGGAUUGUAUUGGAAAAGCCAAAGUCCACAGUAGGACGGGUUGGAUGCCUGAAGAAACUCAAACAUCAUCCACAGGAGGCAUGAACUUGUAGAGACAUUCACUGACCUCAGCAGUGAAUUUCAUGGAGUCAUGAGGUCAAAGGUCAGAGGUGUUUGGUGAAACUGAUUUCUUUGCUGGAGAAUGAAGGUCCAAGUCUUGAGUGUCCUAGUGCUUCCUGUUUUACAGUAUGGUGGUCAGACAUGGACUCCAAUCAUUGCUGGAGUGCAUCCCAGCAGUCAUAGGGCGUGAGGCGGGGCACACCCUGGACAUGACGCCAGUCUGUCACAGGGUCUCCUAUAGCAGACAAACAAACACAUUCACACCUGCACGCACAGCUACGGACAAUUUAAAGUUUCCAGUCCACCUCACCUGCAACCCUAACCCUAAAAACAGUUAAAGAGGGGACAGUAGACAUCAAGCUCCUUUCAGAGGGACCUUCAUCUGCCAUCUAUCAUGAAUUCAUUUUUCUAUACUCACUUACACCAACCAACCAGUUAAAAGUCACAGGCAGGGAUGUGGAGCCUAUCCCAGCAGUCACGCGACAAGAGGUGAGGUUCACCCUGGACAGGAUGCCAAUCUGUCACAGGCUCACAUGUGGACAAACAAACGCAUUCACACCCGCAGAGAAGCAACAAGUAAGUUAAACCGGGUGUGUCGGUGCUGAUGUGUUGCACAGUAUUGCUGUUGGAUGUUUUGCAGAGUGCACGUGCAGAUCACUGAUCCGGAACAGCCACUGUAUGAGACUGGCAGACUGUUGUGACACAGUUUUGCUUUGCUUACAUUGUUAGCGGCCCAAACUUGGUACUGGUACCGGCUAUGUCAGCCAAUGAGGGUGUCCACACUUGUGCUUUUUUUUCAUUUCCCUUCUUCUCUGAGGUAAAAAAACACAAAACCCAGGAAGAACCAACAUGGAACCAGUACUGAUAUCUCCACCAGAAACCAGUCUCUUAGUUUGGACCAGUUUCUGAUCUGGAACAUAAGCCUCUCCUUCAGCCUUGGGCACGCUCUGAACCAGAAAGUGGAUCCUGCCAGCAGGUAAAAAGUAACAAGUAUUUGGGAAAGUUUGCACAAACAGUUCAAAUAUAAUGAAAUAAAAUAAUGUUACAGUCAUGAAGAGGAAAAAAAUGAAAAAUCUUUAGACACACACAGUACCAGUCCAAAGACGGCACAUGUACGAUGGAUGGCGCAUGUGAUGUAUACCCUUCUUACUGGCCAAUCAGGUAGUAUUUUCUACACAAAUAAAGGAGUUUUUCUUAUC